UCUCUUAGUCUAAAUUCCAUACGAAAUUAUUUAGUGGAAUGUAACCUUGAGCAAGAAACAUGGCGAACCAUUUUGUCAACAAAACUUUCGCAAUGCGCAAUGCGUUUAUUAUGCCAGAGAAAAAUAAGAUCCAGUGGUUUCCAGGUCACAUGAAGAAGGGGGUUGAACAAAUCCAGGCGGCACUGCACAAUAUCGACGGUGUCCUAGAAGUUCAUGAUGCAAGGAUCCCGUUCUCUGGUCGAAACAACCAGCUUCGAGACAUCAUUCAUGUGAGACCACACGUCCUGCUGUUGAACAAGAGUGAUCUCGCAGACCUUUCGAGGAAGGGUGAAAUUGAAACCAAACUGACCGAGCAGGGAAUUGCUAAUGUUCAGUUUAUAUCAUGCGGUGGUAAAGACAUUCUGAAAGUGAUGAAAAAUGUUGUGACGCCGAUAUUGCUACGUGAAGUUCAGGCAAGACCGAGAUUUCGACCGGACGUUCACAAUCACUACAACAUUAUGGUUAUUGGAGUGCCGAAUGUGGGUAAAUCAACGAUAUUGAACAAGUUAAGACAGGCUUCUACUACAAAUCGUAAGGCAGCACCUGUCGGUGCGAUGCCGGGGGUUACACGAGCUGUCAUGAAUAAAGUGCGCGUGAACUUUGACCCGGACAUGUUUGUGGUCGACACUCCGGGAAUAUUGAGUCCGAAGAUAGGCAACGUGGACACGGGUCUGCGUUUGACUUUAUGCGAGUGUAUACCCAGCCCACGUGUGGGAGAGGACACUAUGGUGGACUAUUUACUCUUUAAGUUGAAUAAAUCUCAGUUAUUUCAGUAUGUGAAACAUUACGGACUGUCCGAACCCACUGAUGACGUGCUGAAGCUCCUAUCACAUAUUGCUCUAAAACACAAGUUGGUUAUGAAAUCAAAUGAAAUCUCGAUGACUGGAGGAAACAGAUACCGGGUGGACUUUGUGGCAGCGAGUAGAAUUGUUUUGAAAGAUUUUCAGCAGGGUACAUUAGGCCUGGUCAUGUUUGAUGACGAUUAUUUGUAGCAACUAUCUAUUAAAGUUAUGAUCAAGAAUUAUUGCAUUUGUUUAUGUCUGUGGAAUCUUGAAAGAGACUGCGUCUUUGACAUAAAUGAAAGAAACAUACGCAAUUAUUUGUAGCAACUAUCUAUUAAAACUUUAAUCAAGA